AUGGGAGAGGCACUUUCGGCAUGGGCUAAAGCAUCUUUGGUAAAAGCUGAAAGGUAUAUGGAUAGGAGUGUGGAGGCUACUUUACAUGUAACAUCAGACUACUCUCUUACUAAGUGUAUGACUCUUCUGGAUGAGAUGGAAGACAUUCCACAUGAUGCAUAUGGAAAAGCUUUGGAAAAGUUUAUGAAUUUUGAUUGGAGAAAAGUGUUCAUUGUUCUAACCAGAAUUGAUAUUUAUGAAAGUGACGAUUCUACUUCUGAUGCAAGUGAUGAUGAAUUCGCAGAAUUUCUCUUUAAUAGUAUGAUUUAUAACUAUCAUCAGAAAUACUUUAACAAAGCAAAGGUUUUGACAUCUUCAUUGACUGGUCACUUGUUUGCUGCUGAAAACUGCAUAAGUGCGAUUGAUGGUACACAUAUCAGUGCAUCGGUUCCUGUAGAAAAACAAAUUUCAUGUAGAGAUAGAAAGACAACAAUCACACAAAAUGUCAUGUGUGCUUGUGAUUUUAACAUGAUGUUUACAUAUGUAUAUUCGGGAUGGGAAGGAAGUGCACAUGAUUCAAAGAUUCUUUUGGACGCAAUUACAAAUCAAAAUGCUGAAUUUCCUUGGCCACCUAGAGGUUCCUUUUAUCUCAUUGAUUCUGGGUAUCCAUGUAUUGGAGGUUUUCUUCCCCCUUAUAGGGGUGAAAGGUAUCAUGCACAAGAAUAUAGAGGUCAAGGUAGACAACCCAGAAGUCCGGAAGAGUUAUUUAACUAUAGACACUUGUCUCUAAGGAUGACAAUUGAGCAUUGUUUUAGGAUGCUGAAAAAUGGAUUUCCUAUUUUAAAGUUGAUGCCUUCUUAUAAACCUUUUAGGAAACGACUCAUAGUUAUUGGGUGUUGUGUUAUUCACAAUUACAUACGCAAGUGA